UAUUACUCUUGUUUUGUUUGUUAUUAUUUUGUAUCUGUUUUUAUUUAUUUUUAUGUUCAAAAUAAUGUCAUUCAUUCAUGUAUAGUCAGAUCUUGAGGGGCUCAGAUGAUCCCACCAACAGGUAGGCAGGUCGUGACGUAUCUCCCACCAGCCAGCCCUCCUCCACCCUCCCCCUCCUGCCUCCCAGUUGCGCCUCCUCGCCGCUGUCCUGUCUGGCCGCCCCGGUGUCUGCUCCGCUGCUCCGCUCCUCCGCUCCGCCGCUCCGCGCUCUGCGGCUGCUCCCACCCCGAACCCGAACACUCUGCCUCCUCUCUCCGCUCACCUCCCACCGGGUACCCCCCUACCUCUCCACCACCUCCACCUCCACCUUCCACCUCCUGAAUGCAACCAUGACGGGCAUCGCCGCCGCUUCUUUCUUCUCCAAUUCCUGCAGGUUCGGUGGCUGCGGUCUCCAGUUCGAGUCUCUCUCGGAGCUCAUCGUCCACAUCGAGGACAAUCACAUCGAUCCACGGGUCCUGGAGAAGCAGGAGCAACAGCAGCCCACUUAUCUGGCCCUGAGCUACAUCAACAGGUUCAUGACGGAUGCGGCGCGCCGGGAGCAGGAGACCAUGAAGAAGAAGGCCACGCCCAAACUGUCCCUGUCCAUCACCGGCGGAGUGUCCAGGAACAGCACGGCCACACCUCCCCGCCACACUAGCGGUAACCUGACGCCUCCCGUCACGCCCCCCAUCACCCCUUCCUCCUCCUUCCGCAGCAGCACACCCACAGGCAGUGAGUAUGAUGAGGAGGAGGUAGACUACGAGGAGUCGGACAGCGAUGAGUCGUGGACCACAGAAAGCGCCAUCAGCUCUGAGUCCAUCCUCAGCUCCAUGUGCAUGAACGGGGGCGAGGAGAAGCCGUUCGCCUGCCCCGUCCCCGGCUGUAAGAAGAGAUACAAGAAUGUGAACGGUAUCAAGUACCACGCCAAGAACGGCCACCGCACGCAGAUCCGCGUGAGGAAACCCUUCAAGUGUCGCUGCGGCAAGAGCUACAAGACCUCGCAGGGCCUGAGACACCACACCAUCAACUUCCACCCGCCCGUCUCCACCGAGAUCCUGCGCAAGAUUCAAGGCUAGAGCGCGGCGUGCUCACACCAAUCACUACCCCAAAACAUAGCCCUAUCCUGACUUUUCCUCACCCGACCCUUUUAUACCACAAGUGCGUGCUUUAAUUUUUUUUUUCCAUCUUUUUUGUUUUGUAUGUUACUUUUCUUUCCAUGUUAUUAUAUCACUUGUAUUUUUAAAAAGAAGUAUCUUUGUAGUAUUUUUUAUUGUUGUAUAUUUGCACAUUCCUAUAUGCUAUCAUGUUAUUUUGUUUCUCUAUUGUUUGACUUACAUAAGGUGCUAAAUGUAAAAAACAGAAAGAAAAGACACAAAAACAAACGCUAUAAAAGAAAGAAGAGGGGAAACGAGAAACGAAGAUGUGAAACAGGAAGUGCAAGCGAGCCCUGCCCCUUUCCCCGCUCGUCUUCGAGUGGGAUGAAGUUGACAUUAAUGCUGAUCUGAGUUCAGUCGUUUGUUACACUCCCUCUCCGUUAGACGCAACUGAGCUCAGAUCUGUGCCUUCGCUGUAACUUCUGGGGGUUUCAGCGCGAGAGUUAAGUUAUACUUUAAAUAGAUAUAUUGAUAUAUAAACAAUAGACAGAUAUGUAUGUGUACAUAAAAAUAUAUAAAAGUAUUCAUGAGCAUAUACAUAAAUAGUUACACUUUAUUUUCAAGCUUUAUUUUAUAUAUUUUUGUGAGUGUUUUUUUUAUUUUUUUAUGUAUUUCAGUAAGUGUUCCUUUCAUUCCUUAUUUUGCUGAGAUGGCCAGUUUUGUCACCUCAGAGGUCAAAUAGCUGGCUGACUUUAGGCUGGGAGCGUUUUCUCUCACCACACCCUAGAGAUAAGGAGCCAAAACGCCUUUGACACUCUGAAUCAUCAUGUGUGUGAUGUUUUACUGUUGAUCAGGAAAGGGGCGAACACGGCCCCGGGCCAACAAUCCAUAUCUUUAAACAUUUCAUCCCCCACGGGAAGCCAUCCAUGUAUUUCAUAUCUCCAGUGUUGAACUCAUUCAGAGUGCCAGAGCUGUGUUCAAGAGACUUAGCCGGUGAAAGCAGGUUAAGCAUCAUACUGUAUUCCAGUUGCCAAGAUCUGUGUUGUUGUGUUUUGUUUUUUCCAUGAUGUUGCCAACAGCUCUCCACUGCCAAACAUUGACCAUACCAUGUGCCUGAUGAGGGGGGGAGGGAGGGAAGGGUGGGAGGGUGUGUGGGUGGGGUGUGGGAGUUGUAAUGGUUUCACCCUGGAGGUCGCCAAACGUGUGGCAAUGAUUUUCUUCUUCAUCGCGCCUCCAAAACGCGCAGAUGAGUGGAUGUACAUCGAAUGUUUUCAUGCAUGCUUUUUCUGUGUCGUAACGAGAGGAAGAACGUGCGGAAGAUUUGAAAGAGAUUUCCAUCUACAACCUGUCAUGUGUGUGUGUUGUAGACAAGAGCAUUCCAGUUCAUUGUAUGUGUGUGUGUGUGUGUGUGUAUGGGCGCCAUGCGUGUGUGUUUUUAUCCAAGUCAUCAGCCUAUAGAGUGUUAUUCUGUGUGUGUGUGUGUGUGUGUGUUUCAGUGCUCGGAUCUGUCGUGUUCUGUGUGAGUGUGUGUGUGUGUGUGUGCGUGCGCCAGGCCGCUGGUCCGACUCCCGUGGAGCAGGAUUGGCUGGCUAGUGUUGCGUCAUGUAGUGUAGCGGUGGCCAACUUGUUGCCCCCCGACUGGGAUUUUUAUCAUUCAUUGCCUCUAAGAAAAACAAGAGCGGUGCGGUGUGCAGCCGCCGCCGCCGCGUGCCAAGACACACCGAUUCAUAACAUCGUUCCCCUCAUCGUGCACAAAGUUUUUAAAAUCUGCAGAAGGCUCAGAGCACGAGCUUCUUCUCUUUUUGUUCUGUUGAUGGGUACAGUGACCUCUGAUAUUGCACACACCCUCCUGUCCUCCAAGCUGCUGUUGCCAUGGAAACCACUGGGCUAGCACGGCAAAUAGACCUUUUUUUUAUGCUUCCACAUUAUCUUUACAAGGAAGUUUUUUUCUGUUAUUUCUUUAAUUUAUUUAGGGGGGUUAAAUAAAUAUAAAUUAUUAAACCUCCUAAUUUCUUUUUAAUAUCCUGUUCUGAUUAUAGUAAUUACCAUAUACUGUACUGUAUUGUAAAUCAAUGCCUUUUUUUACUGUGCUACCUAACAAAUAAGCACAAACGUGUGUGCCGGAAAAGAUAUCCAUGUCUAUUCUGAAGCACCAAUAAGUAAUCCUUAAAAUCUCGGUAUCAGUUUCAAAGUGCGUCCGUGGACUUAGAGGUAACCCUGAGGUAAUGGUUUGCGUGCGAUAGAAAAGCUUCAUUCCUGCCUUUCAGCGUAGGGGAAGAGUUUCCGUGGCUGAGAUAGACGGCGACUGAGAGUCUCCCCGUUGGAGCUCUGUCAAACACUCGUAAAAAAACCAUCCCCGCUUCACGGACACCGCCGUCACCAUGGCAAUAGUUUCAGCUUUUUUACACGGGGUCCAAUUGCAGUAUUACACAUAUGGGAGAGGAGGAGCGGAGGCUGUGUGCAGAAGGAGGAGACGGAGGGAGGGGGUUUCAAUAUACUGUGUACAGUGAAUGUAUUGUAACGUGUCUGUUGUCAAGUGCUUUUAAAUUAUAUUUUCGUAUGUAACGUGGAGACCAAUGUUUCCUUUUUGUAUGGGGGGACAACAGGUUCUGAGCAGAGUGACUUGUAAAUGAUGUCAAACUGUCUUUCUAUAUAAAAGAGAAGCUGCUUAAAUGUAAACAGGAAAUGACUGAAAAAAAAAACAGUAAAAAUAAAGUAAAAAAGCUCUGUA